AUUGUACCAUUACAACAUGAGAAUGAAAUGAAAGCCUGUUCUUAUUAUUUAAUAUAUUAUGCCCGCGCUAUUUUUUAAUCACUUUCGUUGUCCAACAAAAUCACAUCCAAAGAAUCUAGACACCAGAGAAACUGUAAUACCUAUAAAAUGUCUGCGUGGUCUCUGGACCGACUCCAUUCCAUUUCCCGUCCGUUUGGGAAUCAAACCCAAACGUCUUGUAUAAGACAAGUCCACUAACCACUGCGCCACCCGACCAUCCUCGUGAUGGAUAUAAACUGUCGGAGCUAGUACCUUUCUUACUUUUUUCCAAAUGAAACGUAGGUGUUAGAAGAUAGAUGUACAUUGAUAUAGGUAUCUGAUUAUGAACGAGCCACAGAGUUGUACACCUCAGGUAUGUUUAGCCCCGGGGCGUACGUCACUUGUGACGUGACGAACAAGGAAGCAUGCCAACCCUACCCACCACACAGUGUACAGAUACACCAACAGCUGUGAAAUAUACGGUACAUUGGACGUUAUAUCAGAACACAACACAAAACGGCCAUGUCGGGAUCAAAAAGUAAAGGAUGUAUGAAAACAGCUAUCAUCAUAUUUAACCUGAUCGUGUUUAUCGCAGGAUCAACAGUGCUAGCACUCGGAAUUUUCAGCCUCGUUUCGGAUUAUGGUGCUAAACAAUUAUCUUCGGUGCUUGGCAACGAUUUGUAUCAUGAUGCCGCCUACGUUGCCAUAGCAGCAGGAGCCGCUAUAUCGGCCAUUUCUAUGUGUGGCUGCUGUGGAUCCAUUAAGGAAAGCAAGUGCAUUCUGGGAAUGUAUCUUGUAUUCAUGAGCCUCAUCUUUGUCGUGUUGUUAACCGCCGCUGUCCUUAUCUUCAUAUUUCUUGGACAAAUCUCCAAGGACGCCAAGAUAUCAAUGACGUCAAUUCUGACGGAGCAGUACGGGGUGGACUUAGACGAGCGCGCCGACAACAGAGUAGUAACGGAUAUGUGGAACUUUAUGCAGAAACAGUUACAAUGUUGUGGCAUAUCAGGGGGACCUAACUCUACCACAUCCUGGGCUGCAUACAAGCUGGAGUCAAAGUGGUAUACCCAAUUUCCUGCAGGAGUGCCGUUUGUGCCAGACAGUUGCUGUAAGCCCGAGGGUGACCUUGAGCUGUGUACAGGGAUGAAGACGUUUUCUGGCCCACCAGGGGCCGAUGUUCCUCUACUGCCCGGCACCAGCAGAAACCCCCACAUGUACGAUACGGGUUGUUAUGACGAGGUUGUCCAUUACGUACAGAGUCACGCCCUUAUUAUCGGAGGGGGAGCGUUAGCCGCAGUCGUAAUCAUUCUGUUUGGUAUCAUUUCCGGCGUCUGUUUAUGCAAGAGAAUAAGAUAUGACGCAUUCCUCACGUAAAUCACAUGGCUAUACCACGUGAUCGCCACUUGACGGUCGGACGACGAAUCAAGUCAAGGAACAACAUUACCAAUUAAAAAUGGACUGGAACAUGUUU